AUGACAUCUUUUCGUGGCUUGGGAGCUGCAAAAGUGGAUGACGAGGAGGUGGAGGAUUACAUGUCGGAUGCACUGUUGGCAGGAAUAUCGUCACAAGAAUCUCGAUCUGCUCCGGUAACCUACACCAAACGUCGGGCAGAGAAACUGCGUCGGCAAAAGGAGAGUGGAACCGUCAAGCCUCUGAAGGAGAUAGAGCGAGAGAGCCGCGAACGAGGACUACAAUCACAACUCCCAGAAGAGAACAAGGGAUUCCAAAUGCUGGCGAAAAUGGGAUACAAGAAGGGGAUGUCCCUCGGCACCACGCAUGCAUCAGAAUCGAGAGUGGAGCCUAUCACUGUUACUUUGAAACAAGACAGACAAGGGAUAGGACUCGCAGACCCUCUGGCUGUAAAGCGUCAACGAAGCGAAGAACAACAAAGAGCACUAGAGCACGAACAGGAGGAAGCACGGCAGGAUUAUCGAAUGUUGAUGAACAAACGAUUUGCAGAGAAAAGACUGAUGGCUGACCUCCGUAAGGCGCGUUUGCAAUGUGAACAUCUGGAUCGAGCAAAGGGAAUAGAGAGAAACGAGUUUUGGUUCCCCGAGAAACGGCAGACAUCAGUGGAUGACAAUGGAAAUCCACUGGAAGAGGAAGAAGAAGUGCCAACUGAGUUUGAUCUAAUGGAGCCAUCGUUGCAAUUAAUGGCCGUCACCAUUUACCUGCGCACACUGCACUACUACUGCUUAUGGUGUGGUGAGGCUUACCCGACUGCAGAAGAUCUUGAUAAUACUUGUCCGGGGGAUACAGCAGAAUCGCACGACGUGUGA